AGAGGCAUCUCCGCGGACCAAAGGCCGAGGCUUCCGUUAGGUGCCCGGGACUUCUGAUCCCCGGUCCAGUGACGUGAGCGGCCCCCGGGAUUUUAUGUGUGGGGCGGGGAGGCAGAGAGACUAAGAUAUUGCACGUGCUAAGCAAUCCGUCUCAUGAGGAACAUCGCUUCAAGCUCUGAACUUCCUGUCAGGGUUUCCUGCAGUGCAAGCUGGCCUCGCACUCCCUGUGGAGCGAAGGCUGGCCUUGAAUUCCUGACCCUCCUGCCUUUUACUUACUCCAAGGAACUGAGAAUAUGGACCUGACCCUCGAUGUAUGUUUGCUCUAUGAGUGGUUGAACCUCACACCAGAACAUGCCAGCUAGCCUUUGUCGGAAAGGAUGGAGUUGGGAAACGGAAAACUGCCUAGGACAGGACUGAACUCACUGAGUCAAGCAGUCCAUCCAACCUGGGGCCUGGCCUGGACUGAUGGGACUCGUGUAGUCCUGACUGAUUUACAGCUUCAUAGUGGAGAGGCCAAGUUCGGGGACUCCCAAGUCAUUGGAAGUUUUGAAUCUGUCUGUGGGGUUUCCUGGGCCCCAGUCAGCACAGUGCACUCACCUGCCCUACUUGCUGUGCAGCACAGGAAGCUUGUCUCCGUGUGGCAACUGUGUCCCAGCACUGCAGGAGCAAACAAAUGGCAGGUGUCUCAGACCUCUGAGGUCAGGGAGUCACUCCCUAUCCUUCCUCGGGGCUGCCUGUGGCACCCAAGGGACACUGUCCUGACCGUGUUGACUGCGCAGAGUGUCUCCAUUUUUCCUAACGUACACCAAGAUGGUUUCAGGGUGAAGCUGGACGUCAACACCAAGGGCCGCAUUUACUGUGCUUGUUGGACCCUGGAUGGCCAGCGGCUGGUGGUGGCGAUAGACAGCAGCCUUCAUUCGUAUAUCUGGGACAGUUCUCAGAAUUCCCUUCACAGAUGCUCCUUCUGCCCGGUGUUUCCUGUGAACUCUUCCAUCCGCUCCAUCACAGCCACCGGGAACUCACAGGUUGCUAUAGCCACGGAACUUCCACUCCAUAAGCUCUGUAGCUUAAAUGCAUCCGAAGCCUUCGAUGGUCCACCCAGUGGUGGCGAUGGCGAUGUUCCUACUUGCCCUGUGGGUGAGACGCCCCCUGUAGAGGAGCAGGUUGCCACUGCGGACAUGAAUUCUGGAGUGCCAGUUUCUCCCUUUUCAGUUCCUCUGGAUCUGACUCGCAUACAUUUCAACCCAUCAGGAGCUGAGCAGAGCUCUCUUAUUUGUUUAAGAAAAAAGGACUACUUGACAGGAAGUGGCCAAGAUUCUUCACAUUUGAUCCUGGUAACCUUUAAGAAAGCAAUUACCAUGACAAAAAAGGUUGCUAUUCCAGGCAUUCUGGUUCCCGAUUUAAUAGCAUUUAACCUGACAGCAGAGCUAGUGGCCGUGGCUUCCAAUUCAUGUAACGUAAUUUUGAUCUAUUCGGCUGCUCCAUCUUCUAUGCCAAAUAUCCAGCAAAUUCAGUUAGAGAAUAACGAAAGACCAAAAGGCAUAUGUUUCUUGACAGACAGAUUAUUAUUAAUUGCUGUAGGGAAACAAAAGCCCAGUGAAGCAGCCUUUCUUCCUUCGUCAGAAUAUGGUCAGUAUACUGUUCGUCUGAUAGUUAGAGAAAUGACCCUGGGAAGAGAAUCUUCUGGAACAUUUGCUGAAAGUCAUGACUCUGACUUCAGUGCUGUAUUAAAUAAAUCAGAUAGAGAAAAGUUCACUGACAGCCUUUCCCCAGGUUCGAGUCCCCUGAGCCAAGGGCUCUUGCUAACAGCUAACUCCAGUACUCAGAGUUGGAGAUCUGGAAGAACCCUUAUUCAAGAAAUUAAAAGUCCCUUGUCCCCUCUGUCCAGUGAUUCCGUUGUCCAUGAAACCCUUCACAGCCCCCCCUGGCUUUGCUCAGCAUUGCCUAGACCCAGCAGGACCCCAGAGCACCCCAAGCACCCCAGCACCCCAGAACCGAAUUCACCUCAAAAGGAGAACUUACAAAAAGAAAAGGAAACGUGCCCACUUUCCAGAGAGCUGGAAAUCCUCUCUCGGCACCUGGUGGGGAUGCAGCAGUAUCUUUCUGAACUCACAGACUUUCUACACAAGGAAAAGCGAGUCUCUCGCGAGUACCCACCCGCUCAGGAUGCUCCCUAUGUCCACCUCAUUUACCAGAACCCUUGUUCUGUAGGUCCCACUGAGAGAAGGGCUGUGCUUCUCUGCGACGGCAAGCUAAGGCUCAGUACCCUUCAACAGAUGUUUGGCCUCCACCUUGUUGAAAUGCUGCACGACUCCCACUGGAUUCUCCUCUCUGCCGACAGCCGAGGUUUCAUCCCAUUAACUUUCACAGCUGCCCAGACAGUCGUGGUGAGAGAUGGCAGCCUGGCCAAGCCAGAGGAAGCCAGGGGCCCUCUUUCUCACAAUCAGGAUCCUGGUCCUCCACCUGAAGUCCUCAGAGACCUUGCUACCCAGAAUGUAGACAUGGCUGGCUGUCUGGACAGUGUGACCUGAUGGCUGGUUUGCAGCACGCAUGUGCUACCAGAUUCCCCCCAGGCUGUGUACUUCCUUCCGGACAGCAGGGCAAGUGGCUGCUCAUGUAUACAUGACUGUGUCAAU